GUAAUAUUAUUUGUAUAUCGUGCUGUUUCAAAAUGAGUAUAGACACCGAAUCGGAUUUACAAAAACUGUUUGUCGAAUCAUCAGCUAAUGAUAAGGUUUUUAUGGUAGCAACAACUGUGGAUACAGGUUUCGAGUGGCAAGCAGUUGACGAAUGCAAAGAAAAAUUAAAUAAAAAUGUUAGGAUCGUUAAAGAACGCGGAAAAAUCUUUUUUAAUAUAUACUGGACUCAAUUUGAACAAGUACAAGAGAUGAGAUCAAUAGAUAAUAUAUUUAUUAUUGCCGAUGUAAGAAAAUUUGAAUUCAUCGAAACUAGUAAAGAAGUUGAUUUACAGCUAUUCAAAGAUGCUGUGCACAAUGAUAUGAAAUUAGAAAAGGCUCUGAAUACUUGGAAACGUGUCACUGGUUUCCAAGGGAAAAUAUAUCCAACCACAGAGGAAUACAAAGCAGUAGAAAAGGAUCGUAAACUUUCGAACAUACUCACGCUACCAACGGUGUGUAAGGGCAAGAAAAGAGGUCAAGAUCCAUCCAAGGCUAAAGAUGAUGAAGUUCUAAGAUAUAGGGUAACGUGUGAGAGGACUGGCAAGCAUACAUUUGAAUCGGCUGAUGUUGCCAGAGCUAUUGGAGGGGAAUUACAAGACAAAUAUCUCUGGCUUGUAGAUUUGUCUACCUAUUAUUUAGAAAUAGUUUGUAAAUUAAUUAAUAACGAAUUGGUAACAUAUUUACGUGUUACACACGAAUCCAAGCAUCGCCGAAAUAUCACGCGCUUUGGACCAACUACUCUUAGGGCAACUGUGUGUUAUAAUUUGUUACGAUUAGCUCAACCUAAUCCAGGAGAUAUAAUAAUUGACCCAAUGUGUGGUGGUGGUUCUAUUCCAAUAGAGGCAGGUUUAGUUUAUUCACAAUGUCACAUUAUUGGUGGUGACAAUCAUCCAAAAGCUGUAGUUAGGGCAAAGUCUAAUAUCGAUGAAUCUGCUACUGGAUGUAAAAUUGAUUUGGUACAUUGGAAUGUAUCACAUUUACCAUUUCAAGAUUCGUACGUCGAUAUUGUUGUUACUGACAUGCCAUUUGGAAAAAGAAGUGGACGAAUUGUAGACAACAGAAUUCUAUAUAAACAAUUUUUAAUAGAAUUGGGCCGAAUUUUAAAACUUUCAACAGGUCGAAGUGUUUUACUCACUUACGACAGACGUAGCUGUAAUAUGGCCUUACAAACAGCUGGAGAUUUGUACCGAAUAACGAAAAUGUUAGGAGUAAAUAUAGGUGGUCUCCAAGCUGCAGUUUACGUCCUAAAACGGACAGACGUACCUUAUGAACAAUUUAAGCCUAAAGCUAUUAAACAUAUAAAGUGUACUAACAAUUGAACAAGGGGCUCAUGAAUAUUGGUAAUUCUAGACUGACUUUGAUAUUUUUGUUAUAAGUUAAUAUUUCACGAGAGUUUAAUAAAAAGAAAUUUUUAUAUUUCUUAUAGAAACUUUAUUG